CAAUAUUUUCAUUACCCUAAAAACACAAAUGUAAAAUCUCGUCAAUUUCUUUUCCCUCAUAUUUAGCAUCACAUCCAUCCCUAUAAUCUUCCUUAAUUUCCUUAUAUUCCAUUGACCAUAUAUAAAAACUUCACGUUAAUGGGAUGGAAUGGAUCAUUUCUAGCAACAAAUUGAAUGCAAAAUAUGUGCGAAUGUAAUGUCUACAUCAAUCGGAAAAAUGGAACAUGCAUUUUUUAAUUGAUUAUUACAAUUAUAUAUGUGUAUAUAUCUUUCUAAAUUAUAGAAAGAUAAAAAAGUUAUAAUGGGACGAAGUAAGUUGCCAUUGUUGAAGAUAGAGAGCUUGACAAACAGACAAGUCACAUUUAGCAAGAGAAGAAAUGGAAUUCUCAAAAAGAUUUAUGAAUUAUCAGUUUUAUGUGAUGUAGAUGUUGCUAUUAUCAUGUUCUCUCCUUCUGGUCGUCUCACACAUUAUUCACGUAAAAGAAGAAUUGAAGAUGUUCUUUCGGAACUCGUCAAUCUCCCGGAUAGUGAAAGAGGAUUCUAUAUCAAUAAUAAAGAGUCUGUACUCUGGAACCUAAGGAAGAUUGAAAUUCAAGAUAAAUUCUGCGAUAUUGAAAGGAUAAGUCCUGCAUACCUCAACACAAAUGACACGGCAAAGAAAAUUCAAGAAGAAAUCAAUGGCUUGCAUUGUAAACUCGAUGAGGCUGAGGGAUUAUUAAGAAUAUUUGAACCAGAUACACAAAAACUUACAUCACUCCAUGAGCUAGAUUUGUGUGAAAAACGUCUUCAGGUUGCCUUAAACCAAGUUAGACAAAGAAUGGAACAACUCUCGAGCAAUCAUACAUCAAGCUAUGAAGAUAAUAUGGAGCAAAUAAAUGCACUUCUUCAAUACAUAGACAACACACAAGCUGAGGACACAAUGCCCUCAUUGGAGAAAUCCCCCUAUGACUUAUGGCUAGAGCUUGAAGAUUAUAGUUACACAAACUAUAUUAAUGAGAACAACAAUAGUCAUCUCUAUGCUACCUCAGAAACAUCUUCUCUUACUCAAAGUUCUAUGAACCUUCCAUCUCCAAUUAUAUAUGAUGCAGUGUCCCAAACAAGUGUAAGUGGUGUGACUACUUAUCAUAAAGAAGGGACUUUUAGUUCUCUAACUGAUGAGAAUUUUAAACAAUCACAACAUUCAACCAGAACCUUCCCAACUCUCACUUUACAAACUUCAUUCAAAUUUGCCAAGCCUGAAAUGGAAACUCCCACAUCUGCACUAAGGCCGGUAGCGCCAUAUCUGCAGGCUGAAACAGCAGCAGCAUCUAGCCAGCAACCACUUUCAAGUAAUUAUUAUAAAGAGAACAAUGAACUCGACUGCAGAUUUCAACCUAAAGUUACAACGCCUAACUAUCAAAUGUCCCAAACAAGUACUGCAGAAGGAAGUUUUAGUUCCUUAACUGAUGAAAACUUUAAGCAAUUACAAUGUUCAACCACGAUCUUCCCACCUAUCACUCCAUUACAAACAUCAUUCUCAUUUGCCACGACUGAAAUGGAAACUCCGACAUCAGCAUUGCGGCCGGCGGCACCAUAUCUACAGGCUGAAGCAGCAGCAUCACCUAACCAGCAACUACCUUCUAGUAAUAUUGAAGAAGAGAACUAUGAAAUCUCUUGGCUUCAACCUAAAAUGAAAAAGUUGAAGUAUCAUCAUUUAGCUUAAAUAACAAUGGAUAAAAGCAUGGACGAGUACACCUAUCCAUGCUUCUGCCAAAGAAUGCAGAUACACUCACUAUUUCCGGCUCAAAUUACAGUCAUAUCUCUAUAUAACAUCUCUAUAUAACAAUCAUUCACUAUAAAAGUCAAGUUUUACUCGGAAUUGAUUUUUAUGUUAUGUUGUAAUAUAU